GGUUUUCACAUUCGGUUUUUAGCAACGUUGGUGAUUGGGUGGGCUCCGGGAAUGACCGCGGGUUUUAGGAACGUUGGUGGGCUCGAGGGGUUCUUGUGAUUGCGUGGGUUUUGGUGAUUUUAGCUGUACCGGUGGGUUUGGGGUGGGUUUAGGUAUUUUGAUGGUUUUAUGGUGGGCGGCUGUUUGAGGGGUUAUUUUAUUGCGCUUGUAUCAUUUUAAGUAUUUUGGUAGGUUUUUAUCGACUAUGAUGGCUUUCAUCGAUGGGUCUUAGCGAUUCUGAUAAUCCUAAGUGAGGAUAGUGGAUUUCAAGGUGGUUUUGGGGAUUUCAGAGGGUUCCAGGGACUCCGGUAAUCUUUAAGGAUUUGCGUGGCUCUCAACGAUUAUGGUAGUUUUUAACAAUUUUGGUAAUUUUAGACAGUUCAGUAGGUUAGAGGGGCUUUGGUGGCGUUUCCAGAUUUUAGUGGGGUUUUUUUAAGUGAUGAUGGUGGCCCCACUGCUCUCAGUGGCCACAAUGCCAGCGCUGCCCUGCUUGCUCCCACCCCACCACCGGCACUCGGAUGAAGGUUUUAAAGCUCUUUCAGCAUUUCUCUGCUUUUGGUUUCUGAGCUGCCAUAUUCAUGUCUGCGUGUGCUGCCAGGAGACACUGUUCCCCUACAUCAGAGACAACGUGGAGCAGUACCUGCGUGCGCACUGGGAGGAGGAGGAGUGCCAGCGGGACGUGGGGCUCCUGAGGCAGCAGGCCCAGGAGGACUCAGGCCUGGACGGAGCAGUGCCGAUCCCAUUGGAAAGUGGCAGUGGGGAUGAGGAGCUGGAGCGUGUCAUCCGGGCAGUAGUGGACAACGUGCACUGGCAGAUGGCUCUGGACAGGAAGACCACGGCGCUGAAGCAGCUGCAGGGACACAUGUGGAGAGCGGCCUAUGCCACGGGGCUGGUGAAGGGAGAAGUCUUUGAGGACGUGGUUCCAGCCAUCCGGAAGUGGAGGGAAGCUGGGAUGAAGGUCUACAUCUAUUCUUCGGGCAGUGUUGAAGCCCAGAAGCUUCUGUUUGGAUACUCUACAGAAGGCGAUAUUCUAGAGCUCUUUGAUGGCCACUUUGACACCAAAAUAGGUCCCAAGGUAGAAAGCGAGAGCUACCGAAGGAUUGCUGCAAGUAUAGGAUGUGACACUAACAACAUUCUCUUCCUGACUGAUGUCCCUCGAGAAGCAAACGCAGCUGAAGAAGCGGACACUCACGUGGCUGUGGUCAUCAGACCUGGUAACGCAGGACUGACAGAUGAUGAGAAAUCGUACUACAGCCUCAUCUCAUCUUUCACUGAACUUUUCCUGCCUUCCUCCACUUAAGGAAAGUGAUGCACACACAGAAGGCUGUGCUUCACCUGAGUCGUCCUUGUGUAACUUCAAGUAAUUUUGUCCAUGACCAGAAUGUAAAACCAAACCCACGUCAUGUAUUGGACCCACAGCCAAUGCAGGUAUGGAUGGAGAGUAUGGUGUGGGGUUCCCAAUGCAGUACAUUACGGCUGCCACAGACAGCUAGUCCUUGCUGCAGGCAAGCUGUAUAUACAGAGAAUGACUUAAAUCUUGGCUACACCUACAGCAGGUCCUAGGUACAAAACAGUAUGACUUGUGUGCUGACACUGCUUACAGUGACACUGCCAGCCCACGAGAAUGAAGUAGAGCAUACAGUAAGAAUUAAGUUCUUUAAAAAUUGAAUUCUGGACCCACCUCAUGUUGCUGCCAGGUGAUGUGCGUCUGCGGGAUCCAACAGGCUGACACCACAGCCAGCUUGGCUGCAUUUCUGCCCAAACUACCAUAGCUCCUCAGUAGCCAGCUGUUGCUGGUCAGUUGUGAGCAGACCUUGCCAAACAUCCUGCUGCAUUGAAUGAGAGUUAAACCAGAGAUCUUUUCACCCGCCUUACUUUAACCAUGCCAAUCUAUAGCAACAGUCAUGGAGCUUUUCCUUCUAUAGUCAAUAAAGCCACAGCUUUGUUUA